AUCUACAAUUGACUUAUAAAUCCCAAUAUCGUCACUGUAGUCGACUUCACCAAUUCUAUGAUUGAACCUCAAAAUGCAACUCUGAUAAUUAAAACAUAGCUAAAGUCCCUUAUACCCAUUAUCACCAUGACCCCUCUCAGCAUCCUUGGCUUCUUGCUCCUUUUCUCCACAGCAAGUGCACAAUCCCCAAUUUAUGAGUACAGUUUUUGCUACAACACCACCAAUAACACUUCAUACCAAGACAAUGUUAGAAAAGCCCUCUCAUGGGUGGCUUCUGAUUCAGGCAUAAGCAAGGGAUAUAACCAAACAGUCAUAGGCAGCAACAACAGUUCUAGUGAUGAUACUGUUUAUGGGUUCUACAGCUGUAGGAGUGACAUCGUCGGGUAUUUCUGUCAAUUCUGUCUCAACUCUGCUGCUAAAGAAAUUAAUCAGCGGUGUGCCAACAACACUGUAACCGCUAUUAUAUGGUAUGACUUAUGCAUCAUCCGUUUUUCUAACCAAAGUUUCUUUGGUAAACUUACUUUAACCCCAACGUGGAACACUACUGGGAGCAAAGACAUUAAGGACCCAACAGAAACUACAAGAGCCAAGGAUGCCAUGGAGAGCUUGAUUACAAAAACUAUAGAGACCAACCAGACUUGGACAGCGGGUGAGUUUGAUUGGGGUGGUGACAAUGAGAAAAGGUAUGGUAUGGUGCAGUGUUCCAGAGACCUCACAAGUGCUUAUUGCAGAGAGUGUUUGCAGUUCUGCUUAGACAUUUAUCCACAAUGUUGCGGGACAAAGGUGGGUUGGGGUGUCGUUGGUCCUAGUUGUGGGAUGAAGUUUGAUGAAUAUGAGUUCUACCAGGGUACUAAUGAUACAGGAUCCCCUCCUCCUUUGCCAAAUCAAGCCGAAGAAGGUAGUAACACGUCAAGAAAAUUGAUCAUUGGCUUAAGUGUUCUGGGGUUUGUAGCUCUACUAUGUUUCAGCUUCUACUGCUUCUGGUACAGAAAAAAAGUUAGAAAAGAUGAGCUGAUACCUGAUACCAUUCCUCUAUCUUCAUAUCACGAUGUUCAAACUGAGGAAACACUUAAUGCAGACCUGCCAAUAAUCCCAUUGACCACAAUUCUACAGAGUACUAAUAACUAUUCAGAAGCAUGUAAAUUAGGAGAAGGUGGAUUUGGUCCUGUUUACAAGGGAACUCUACCAGAUGGAAGACAAAUUGCAGUCAAAAGGCUAUCAAAAGCUUCUGGUCAGGGCUCAGAGGAGUUCAAGAAUGAAGUAAUGUUCAUAGCUAAAUUACAACAUCGCAACCUUGUAAGACUUUUGGCAUGCUGCUUGGAGGAACAUGAAAAGAUACUUGUAUAUGAGUAUUUGUCCAAUGCAAGCCUCGACUCUCAUCUAUUUGAUUAUGAAAAGAAAAAGCAACUUGAUUGGAAACUAAGAUUAAACAUUAUCCAUGGAAUAGCAAGAGGUAUUUUAUACCUUCAUGAGGACUCUCGACUCAAAGUAAUUCAUAGAGAUCUCAAAGCUAGCAAUGUUCUAUUAGAUCACGAGAUGAAUCCCAAAAUAUCAGAUUUUGGGUUGGCAAGGGCAUUUGAAAGGGACCAGAACCAAGCAAACACAAAACGAAUAAUGGGCACUUAUGGAUACAUGGCUCCAGAGUAUGCAAUGGAAGGAUUAUUUUCAGUGAAAACUGAUGUUUUCAGUUUUGGAGUUCUUGUUCUAGAAAUCAUCAGUGGAAAAAAAAAUAGUGGAUUCUAUCUAUCAGAACAUGGUCAAAGUCUUCUUUUAUAUGCUUGGAACAUAUGGUGUGCAGGAAAUUGUUUGGAAUUGAUGGAUUCAGUGCUGGAAAAAUCCUGCAUAGCUAGUGAAGUUGUGAAGUGCAUGCACAUUGGUUUGUUGUGUGUUCAACAAGAUGCAGCAGAUAGACCAACCAUGUCCACUGUUGUUGUAAUGCUUGCAAGUGACACAAUGGCCCUUCCAAAACCCAAUCACCCUGCAUUUUCAGUGGGAAGAAUGACCCCAAAGGAAGCAUCUACUUCAAAAAGUUCCAAGAAUCUUUCCAUUAAUGAUGUAACAGUCUCUACAAUUUUACCAAGGUAGUGGAGAAUAUUUUCAGUCCUCUAGGAAUAUGUACUCAUUCUAUUAUACUCAUAACACUUGUCAGGUUUGGUCAUUUUUGCAUAUAUUAAUUUUUUUUAAUACAACAAUAUAAACUGUCAAACGAGUAGGUAAUGUAUAUAUAAAAGCAUCAUUCCUUUGUUGGUUUGAAUGGCAAUCAAACUAGAAAGCAAAUGACAAGGAAAUGAACACUUUCCAAUUUUAAAUUAUAAUCAUCUGCUUCAACCGAAUC